AAUUCAAGCGAUGGCUUUCCACGUGGGACGUCUGUUGCUGUUCUCAGUCCUCAUCCUGCUGCUGCAGCUGUGCAUUGAGUGUGAGGGAAGGCCAAAGGGCGAUGGCGAUGGCGAUGGAGAUGGCGAUGAUGAUGAUUCAUCCUCGGAGGAAACUGUUGAGGAUUCGGAUGAGAGACGACGACGCCGUCGGGACACCAGCACCAAUAAUUCCAUUGGAGGGCGUGCUAGCAUUCCUGGUCUGCCCGAUCCGGCGACAAUUAUUAAGAUAGCCCAACUCUUCCAGUCGGUGGGUGAACAGAUCGUUCCCAUUCUGCUGGAGGCUGUGCUGCCAGUCGGAGAUCCAACUGGGGACCGAUUCACCAGGGACUUGCAACUGCUGAAGAAUGCAAAGCGCAGCCUGGAACUCUACUCCGAUGAGCUACAGUCGAAGGUAGUUUAAUGUUUCAACAUAAAUACAUGCUUUAAUCGACCAUUCUUCAAAGAAGAA